CUGAUGUUUGCCCGGUGUUAGGAGGAACUGCUCACAACAACUUCAGACGAUAAACAACUCUGUGAAGGGAUAACUCUUGAAGUCACGCAAACAUCGACUUCCAAUAAUUCUCAAGUGUGUUUGACAGUAUACCCUCACGCAAGACAAUGCUAGGAAAACGUAGUUGGAAGAACCGUAGCCUUCAACUGACAUGUUUUAUUCUCAUACUGUUGAACGUGCACCUCGUGCUAUUUUCAAAGCAAUCCCAGUGUCCAAAUGUUGUUGAAAGAUUGCGCAGAAACGUGGUCGAGGCACAAAAAACUGGAGACAACAACGAAACAACAAAAACCCAAAUGUUUCUUUCUUCCCUCAAGCAUCACGAUGAAUACCAGUAGCCAGCCAGAGGAUAUAUCAGAAAUGACGCCAUCUCAGCACCCUGGGCCUUUCCAUCAAAUCGGAGAUUCGGAUAUAUGGAUCUAUUCAGCCUUUUACGAGCCUGUCAAACAGGGAGUAGACGCUCCGAUGAUUCGAGCCCUGGGGGUGGCGAUGAGAAACCUCUCGGGCCUUGCUCUCAGUUGUCACGUGACCUAUGAAGACCGAUCAGUAACAACUGUUUCCGGGAGGCUGCGAGCUGCACUUGACCAUCAUCAUAAAUCGUACAGUGCCAGCUUCUUGUACUGUCCAGUAACCGGAACCAGAAAACCGUCUUUCGUGGCGUUUUCCUUGAACAAACACGAGACACCAGGACACGAGUUCCAGGUUAUGUUUCCUGCCUCUAAGCGUGAGAGAACCUUCACGGUUUGCUACAGUGUCAUUUAUGGGAACUACGACUGCUACUCGAUGCUACUUCAGUCCAUAACCUACAAUCGCAUGAUGGGAGCAGAACAUUUCUUUCUCUACAACCAGACCAUGGGGCCCAGGGCGGACGCAGUCGUCAGGCACUUCCAGGACUUGGGGAUAAUGACAGUUCUCAGCAUGCCGGAAUUCCCAGCCAAUGAAGCUUGGUAUCACAGUCAAAUAAUGGCAAUAAACGACUGUAUCUAUCGGAACCGAAACAUUUCGGAGUUUGUCGCGGUAGUCGAUCCCGACGAAUUUAUCAUGCCCGUUCAACAUCACUCGUGGGGAGAAGUGCUUAAAGCAGUAACCGACAGAGAGAUCAAGGAAAAGCGAGGCGAGAAUGUCGGUGUGUUUGCUUUCGAGCACUCGAUGUUUUGCAACAAUAGACUAAACAACACAGAAUGGGCGACGUUCAAGAAAAACUUUCAACUCAGCGAUGAAGAAGGAAAAUUCAUAGAGAGAAACGAUAUAACUACCUUACUUGAAUUGCGUCGGAGUAAUCUGCUGCGCUUUCCCGAUGUGUAG